UUAUCAGUAUAGACUAUUUUGUAGGUAUCAAGAAGGUAAACCAAAAGGGGGAAAAGAGAAGAUUACUGACAGAGAAUGUCAGGCAACAAAGAAAGGAAGAGUCAAGGAAUUCCUAAAGAAGCUAUGAGUAAACAAGACACAUCUUCAUUAACUAGUGCUGUAGAGCAAGUUGCAAAGCAACAGCAAUCACAAACAUCAGAAAUAGAAAAUAUAAAAAAAGUUCUGUCUCAUUUGCAGAAUGAACUUCAUGACCUUGAGAAACAAGUAGUAGCUGUCUCUGCAGAAACUAAGGAAACAGAGAGGCAAAUUUAUCAGCAAGAUGCUGCCAUAGAGAAUACAAAACUUCGAUGUGGAAGCCUGGAAACUCAAAUCAAAUCAUUACAUACAGAAAAUGUAAACCUUAACUUCAACAUAGAAACAACCCAGGAAGAUUUUGAGGAACGUAUGAUAAGAUAUAAUGCAUAUUAUGUAAAAAUUAAAGCACAUAAAGAUAGUUUGAAUGAGGUAGAAAGCAAAUGGUCAUUUAUGACUGAACUCCAUGAACAAAAAAAUCUUAUUAAAAAACUAAAGACAGUGAAAGAGGAACUUAUGCAAGAUCUCCAAAAUCCUGGAGGGAAUAAAGUAACACAAGUACAGGAAGACAUUACAAAGCUAAAGGAUAGAAUUAUAACUGCGAAAGAAUCUAUCAUUAAAAAAACUUGUUUUAUUGAGGAAGAGAAAAAGACACAUGAAAAAUUAAGAAAAGAAAUAGAGGUACAACAUAAAAGAUAUGAUGCAAUUCUUAAACGUUUGCACUGUCAAAUGAACAAACUUCAGUCAAGUAGAAGACAAUGGCAAUGGAACAUUCAACAACUAGAAAAAACUGCAGCUGAACUAAGAAAAUGCAUUGGAAUGCAAGAAUAACAUUGCCAUAAGGCAUCCACUAUAAGAGGCCUAUCUUAAUGACAGAUAUAUUUUAUCUUUUUUCACAUCUGCCAUCUAUUUGUUAAAGAGCUUUC